ACAUUUCGGGCACCUUUCGUCUGCUGUGCCCCGGGCACAGCAGACACGGCCAUCUUUAGGCCAUAAUUGUACGAAACUCUGUGCUUUAUUAUAUGCCGCAGUCAUGGCCGCAGCAAUGGACCCUGUGCCACCCGUUCCACAGACGCAGCGUGAUAUCCAGCUGCUUGGCAAAGUGGCAAUCGCAGUGACUGGCUGCAGCGCCGUGGGCAUCCUCGCAGUCGCCGCGCCAUUUUUAUAUCCUGCAUUUCGCAAAAUCUGCCUGCCGUACGUGCCGGCUACCGACGCUCAAGUGCGCAACGUAUCGUUCCUGCUGCAGCGCAGGCGGCGUACCUCCGCCCUGAUCGACCUGGGGAGCGGCGACGGCAGGAUCGUCCUCGAGGCCGCCAAGCUGGGCUUCGCACCUUGCGUCGGUGUGGAGUUGAACCCCUGGCUUGUUGCGUACUCGAGGGUGCGAGCGCUCGGAACAACGAGCGCGCGCUUUGUGCGAGCCGACCUGUGGGACUUCACCCUGACGCCGUUCGACAACGUCGUCAUUUUCGGUGUUGAACAGAUGAUGGCCCCGCUGGAGCGAAAACUUGUGCACCAACUCAGGCCUGGAAGCUGGGUGCUGGCAUGCAGAUUUCCUUUGCCAACUCUCAAGCCAGACGAUGCUUACGGCACUGGUGUCGACACGGUGUGGCUUUACCGCAUGGGAACUGAUCGCUCCACUUUGCAGGACAUUGGAAUGUGUCAUUGAAUGUGUUCACCUUAAGUGUAACAAAACCUGAUCAGCGCGUCACCCACGGGCGCGGCUGCCGGAUUGAGCAGGAUUUGCUCCAGUCUUUAUGGCGCCCUUCAAAGUUAUUGUUUCUGUAUAUGCUCCCAAACAUAUGCUGAAACACUUUAUAAAGUCGGCAUGCAGCGCUCAUGUCCAAUCGAUGGGUUUUGAACAGUAGCAUGCCAAGCUGAGCUCAUGUGAUUUCUCUAGUAAUUUUAAUACAUGUUUGCUUCUGUUUAGAGCUGCAUUGAAAAAUUUGUCAUGUAUUCGAGAAGUGUGUUUAAAGAAUUGCUGCCAUCUUCUAAGUACUACGUGAUAUGACGUUGCCACUGUGUCUGCUGUGGCCUUUGAAACACCCACGCUAUGGUGGCUUGAGGAGCAGCUGUGCCGCCCAGGCGAUGCCCGACUGAGUGUAGUUCACCAUGACGCAAAAAUGGUGCUCCUGUCAGUAGAAUGGUGCUCCUGCACGCAUCGUCGUCCAUACGCAGGGAAGAGUACGAUGUCGACAAUACGUGUGUAUGAGGAUAUCGCUGCCUCUGAUUUCAGCUUUAAUCUGCGCAUCAAAUACCGUUAUGAGAAGUGCAUGCAGAGCUGUAUGGGAAAUUUUGCUAUUGUUUGAGAACAUGAAGUGCUGAAUUAUUUUUCUAGGUUCUCUGCAACAUGCUCUGCAAGAAUCUCUCACUGCAGUUUAAGUGGUUUUGAACAAGUGGGAGUUAUUUUAAUGUUUUAAGCUGUGAAUGAAAGCUAGCUUUUUUGUGCAGAUGAUGCAUCAAAGUAUUGUCUGAAUCAAAUAAAUUAUGACGUUCAGCGACCAGAAGCAAUUAACACAAGGGCUAUGAGAGACGCCACCAGUGGGGGACUCCACAUUACUUUUUGACCACUUGAGGAUCUUGAUCGCUGGCCUAAACCUAAGCACACAAGCGUUUUUCAUUCCGAACCAAUCAAUGCAGCCGUCAUGGCAGGUAAACAAGCCCAAGGCCUUAUCAGCAACGCAACAAUAACUUCCGAUCCAUGAAUCCUGGUGAGUAAGAAUUCCGUUUGGAGCUAGGACGUCGCACUUUGUGCAGAAUUUACAGCUCACGUGUAAUGAAGUCUUGUUGUCAUUUGCCUGUCCGAAAGCUUAGUGAAAUAUUUUUACAACCAUUUACGCCAUAGCUGGCAACAUUUUGUUUAUUUCAGCAAUAAUCGAACUUGCCUGUCCUGCAGAGUUGUGGGGUGCGGCCAAUUCCUCAAAUGUAAAUUCACACGUUUCCAAUUGAACUUUAUUGAGGGUGUUGUUAGAAACUAAUCUCGUGCAGAAAAAAUGCAGCAGCUAUAGAACAUCCCACUAGCAGAUCCAGUGGCCAAGCAUGAGGCAACACACACGCGAUGACAAGCUCCGCAAGCGCUGGCACAGAAGUCUUGACAUUGCAAUUUGUGCAGGGUUCAUUUGCAGCUUGUUCCUGUAUUUCUCCAAGUGUGAUUACAGUCCCAAAUAAUCUUUGCUCUUCUUUUCUAGGGCAUCAAAUUAUUGCAUCUUAGAUAAACUUACAUGGGUGAAAUCCCAUUGAAAAACUGUUCCUAAAAGUGUCCUUCACCUACAAGCAGUUGGUGCUGAGAAUACUGCUUUAGGCUCCCCUGACUUGAAGUUCAGAGCGAAGAAAUAAGUGUGCAUGCUGAUCUUCUUUGAGGCAGAAAUGCUGCCACUAUUUCGCGCGAACUCCUCUUAUUCAGUCUCAGAGAUGAGUUUCCGCUAACCAUGCUGCUAAUCUUUUCGGGUAGAGGACUCAACAUCCUUUAGCUACUUUCACACACUCAAUAAUAGAGACCCGUAUCUCCUCAUUUCCUCAAACUGAUGGCUACGGAGGAGUUUUUCACUCUGCGAGCUUUAUUUAUUGUGCGCCAUCUGCCACAAGUACCAGAUGACAUGUGUCACUGAGCACAGUUGUGCUGGGUGCAGCGCCUGUUUUGCAUCAUGAUGUGAAGAAGUGGUGAACUGCGCUCCAGGAACUGCGCUCCAGACAGGUCUGUCGGCACACCUACUGAUCUAGCCAUCAUGCCCACACUUCGGAAGAUCAUGUCUUAUGAUUACGUCUCUCAGUUCCGCCCUGAAAGCUUCCCUCUGUGAUAUAGUUCAGGUCGCUACACAGAUAUAUCCUCAGAAAGCAAAGCUGCCGAGGUCAUUCCGAACAUUACCUGAACCGAUCCUUGCCUACUUGGAUUACCUUGACAGAUUCUGAAGGCAGUACAAUGUCUCACAACAUCAACGUAGUCCCAGGUACAGCGAGGAAAGAACUAGGGAAAUCACAAAGGCAGUGCAGUCUGAACAUAGCUUCUUGAAGUGCUAGCUGCCACGAAGGAAGAUUUGGAGAAACAAGCACGCUCUCGCUUUUAUAAGCAACUUGUUACUAUGUGCCGUCAGGGUAGUGGUAAAGUUGGCUAUUUGCACAUUCCAGUCCUGUGUUUGUGGCCUAAAGGAAACUGCCGUGCACAUGUUCUCGUCAUGCAGUGUGACACACGCACCAGUCUUCUCUAAUAGCUCGUUGACAUGGUAUGUACGCGUGAGAGUGUGGCAUAACAUAUCAUCCACAGCUUCGGUUGGCAACCGAGACAAGCAACGGUCACAUGGCCUGUCACUAUCACGGAACGAGACAGAUAUUAGCUGGCGUCCGGAGGCUUCCUGUUGGGGCACGACACUGCAUCAAGGAUGGAGCACUUACUGCUCAAGCUAUUUCAGGUCACCCUUUUCCUGCAUGCACCAGCUGCCAUGUUCAGCGCUGGUACGCCUAUUCAUCUCCCGCCACUGAACACAUCCGAAGCACUGACAAAUCCACCACCUUUAGAACACAUCCACAGCUUCGAUUGGCAACUUAGACAAGCAACGGUCACAUGGCCUGUCACUAUCACUGAACGAGGCAGAUAUAAGCUGGCAUCCGGAGGCUUCCUGUUGGGGCACGAUACUGCAUCAAGGAUGGAGCACUUACCGCUCAUGUUAUUUCAGGUUAGUUGCCUUGAAAAUUCUACCUGCCUUGCAAGCAGCAACUGCUACCUGUUUUUGGUGUCGUGCCCCAAAGAGUGGUUGCAUAUCAUAUACCAUUGUGCUUACAGAACAGUGUUGUAUUAGCGAUUUGUUAUUAUGUCUGGCGAUCUUGAAAAAAAUCCAGGCCCUGAGCAUGAUGACAUUUUGGCGACGGUCUUAGCAACAGUUCAGCAGACUAUAUCAGGACAAGAUGAAAUUAAGGAUGACCUGCUCACAAUAAAGAACUGGCAGGCAUCUGUAGUUAUAGAGUUGAGGCAGCUGUCUGCAAGAAUCCGUGCAAUUGAAGUUGACACUGCGGAGAUUAAAAACUCCCAUAGCGCUUCGGAAUUCAGCUCAUCUUUUUCGACUUGUAAUUUACGGGACAAACUAAGGAUACUACACUCCCACUGUGAAGACGCCGAAAACCGAAUGCGAAGAUCAAAUUUGCUUUUCUUCGGUAUUUCUGACGAUGCUUCAGAGUCACGGUCUUCCGCUGAGGAAAAGGUUAUAGCACUCUGCACGAAUCAUCUUCGUAUCAAUCUGCAAUCUUCACAAAUUGAACGUGCCCAAUGCCUCGGCCAGUAUGAUGAAGAAAAACGUAGGCCUCUCAAAGCUAAAUUUACUUCCUUUAAAGACGCAACGUGUUUUCGAACAGGACUAUAAAUUCAAGGAAAGUGGUUUUGCCGUGCGUGAAGAUUUUUCACUUCAGACACGCAUUGCAAGAAAAAAUCUUGACUAUGCUAAAUCUAAAAAGAUGCCAUUCAAGCUUAACGUUGAUAAGUUGAGGAUUGAUAAACAGGUAUACAUGUAUGAUUCUGCUUCAAACACUGUGAUACAGUCUUCCAGAUAGCUCAACUGCGCCCCGGCAACACGUCCACAGGAUAUUAGUACACAAGCUUCAAAUGCUUGCAGGUGACCAUCGGAGCUUAAAGUAUCAUUCACUAAUAUUCGUAGCAUUCUCCCCAAGCGCACUGAGCUGUGCUCUCACUUAGAAAGCAAUGGUACUGACAUCUUAUUAUUAACAGAAACUUGGCUUAAUUCAGACGUUGCUGAUCAUGAAGUUAUAUUUGACACUGAAGAUUACAUUAUUUACCGGAAUGAUCGGACCAAUAGAAGGGGCGGUGGCGUCCUAGUCGUCAUUACAAAACUAAUCGAACAUUUUCGCGUUAAUGUUUCCUCCCCACUGGAAAUCUUAUGGGUUUGUAUUCCUUCACAGGUGCACAAGUGACUACUUGGGGUAUAUUACAAAGCGCCAGAUCAUACAAGCUCGUUCAUUUCAGACUUGACCGAUAACCUUAGUGCAAUUAAACGGAAAUUCCAAACAGCUCAUAUCUUCCUUUUGGGCGACUUCAACUAUCCUGACAUCGACUGAAAAAACCUAACGUCCCAUUCUACCGACUCUAAUGAAUUCAUAGAGCUUAGUCUAGAUUUCUCAUUUUUCCAGAUAGUAAAUCAACCUACCCGCGGUAAUAACAACUUGGAUUUCAUCCUUACGACUGCUCCCAAGUUUGUCAGCCCAGUGUCUUUUAAUGAAGGAUUUAGUGACCAUCUGCUUCUCGAAUUCACUAUUACUACGUCUUUUUAUCAACAUACCACAAGGCCCAAACAAAUCUUAGAUUAUAAAAAAGGAGACUACGAUGGGGGGGGGGGGGGGCAUCAACCUCGGUUUAGAAAGCUUUUGCCGCACAUAUAUUCCUACUUUUUCUGGCAGACCGGUCAAUGAAAACUGGACUUUACUUAAAGAAAAAUUAACAGAGCUUGUUCAUUCUUACAUACCGCGAAUUUCCUUCCCGGUUAAUAUAUCAAAGCCUUUGUUUCACAGGUCUUUGCGCACGCUAAAGAAUAAAAAGAAACAUUCAUUUAGGAAAGCAAAACAAUUAAGAACCCCACAAUCAUGGCUUACCCACAAAGCAACUGAUCAAAAAUACUGUCAAGCUGUACGCAAAGCUAAACACAUGUUCUAUUCAUAUGAUCUUGAAUCUCUUAUCAAGAAUAACACAUCAAAAUUCUGGAAGACCAUAUCACCGGAAAACAAGGAUGCUCAUGUCUCGCUACAAGACGACAUCGGGGCGCCCAUAAUUAAACAAGAGUGCCCAUUUGUUUUUAACACCUUAGAUCUGUCUUUACUCGAGAAGAUCAUUCCAGUAUCCCACAGCUAAUCGAUGUCCACUAUCAGUACAUGGAACCUAUAAACGUGACUGCUACUGGAAUUGCAUCUUUAAUUAAUAACCUUAAGUUAUCAGCUUGGUGUGGCAUUGAUGGCAUAAAUGCUAAAAUCCUUAAGAACACCGUAAAUCAUUCCAGCGUUAUCCUCUGUAACAUAUUCGAGCAAUCAUUGUCUAGCAGGGAAAUACCUGAUGAUUGGAAAAUCGCUAAAGUUAUUCCCAUUUUUAAAGCUGGUGAUAGAAAUCAUGUCAGUAACUAUCGCCCUAUAUCUCUAACCUGUAUCGCAGGUAAACUUCUUGAACACAUCGUCGCAUCAGGCAUCGCGCAUUACCUUGAACGCAAUAACUUCUUUUUCCCAAAUUAGCAUGGAUUUAAGAAGGGAUAUUCGUGUGACACACAAUAGAAUUCACCAGCGAACGUUUUCUAACAUGGAUGAAGGUUUCCAGACUAACUGCAUUUUUCUUGACUACUCCAAGGCAUUUGAUCGCAUUCCAGACUCCCGCCUAAUAGUUAAACUAUCGUCGUUGCACUUACAUUCUUCAACGAUCUCAUGGUUGCGUAAUUUCCUGUCAUUUCGUAAGCAGUUCACCAUUGUUGACGGAUAUUCAUCCGAUUUAACUGAUAUCUCCUCCGGUGUUUCCCAGGGCAGCGUCUUGGGUCCAUUACUGUUUUUAAUCUACAUCAAUGACCUGCUGGCUAACAUUACUUCAAUCAUAAGACUUUUCGCAGACGACUGCAUAAUAUAUUGGAAAAUUAGCUCACCCUCUGAACACCUUGAACUUCAGAACGACUUAGAUCAAAUCACUAACUGGUGCACAUCGUGGCAAAUGACGCUGAAUCCUGACAAAUGCAGAACUGUGACUUUUACCGGCAAAAAGACUCCUUCAGCCUUCCCAUACUCACUAAAUUCUAACCCUUGUGCGCAUGCGACUUCAUACAAGUACCUUGGCGUAUAUCUCACUGUCAAUCUUUGCUGGAAGACUCACAUUAAUAACAUGACCACCAAAGCAUCGCGUACUCUUGGCUAUCUGAGACGUAAUGUUCGAGAUGCCCCAUUAACCACUCGAAAACUAGCCUAUCAGACUUUUGUUCGUCCUCAACUUCAAUUUGCCUCGCCCAUAUGGUCACCGCAUCAGGCUUAUCUAAUACAAUCACUAGAAUGAAUUCAGAACCGUGCGGUACGUUUUAUAACCAGGAAAUAUGACCGAGAGACUAGCGUUACUAAUCUGAAGUUAUCGCUAUCACUCCCGACACUACAGCUGCAAAGGAAGGUCGCUUUGCUCUGUCUUUUCCACAAAAUAAUUCAUAGUCAGCAUCCUACUACCCUUGCCCUUACCGAACCACAUCGUACAUCCCGUCGUCUUUGUAAUAGCCACAGCUUUAGGCGCAUAUUUGGCUGAACCACGGCUUUUAAUUCGUCAGCGCUUCUGCAUGCCAUUAGCUACUAGAAUGAUCUUCCUGAUCGCAUCGUUGCCAUUCAUGACUCUGCAGUCUUCAAAGACCAAGUACUGCUCUGGUUUUCUUAGCUGUUUUAUUCACUGCCUUGUACUUUGUUAGUCACCCUUUUAGCUGCCAUUUCAAUGUUCCUUCAGAGAUUGCAUGUACUGUGCAAUAUUUUUCUGGCCUUAUAUUUGUAGCCUUAUACUUGUCAUUACUUUUCUGCGUCCUGUGAAACUGUUGCCCAUUGUAUAAUGAUGCAUGAGCUGCUUUUUUUUUUGUGUCCUUCAUUUUCUGUACAUGCCCCCCUCACACAAUACUCCUGUUUGGAGCCUGUGAGUAUUUUGAAUAAAUAAAUAAAUAUUGUA